CGUCGCGCCGUCGACGUGACGUAACGUGACGUGGGAGGGAUACUGGCUAACUUUGACAACUAAGGUUUUCCCAUACGUUAUCUUGUUUAGUGUUUGCCUCCAAAUUGAUAGUUCUUAUUGCCCUCAUCUUGCCCACUGGAUAUUAAUUAGUUACUCUUGGAAAAUGAAAGGACUCUUGCAUUCUCUCGGUGGUCGUAUUGAAAGUGAGAAGACGAGAAAAGAGGGCAGUUUCUGUUGAAAGCAUGCUCUCCCAUCAGAGUGCCGCUUGCUUGAGGGCAUAAGUACAGACCAGAGUACGGUCUAACAUUGCAAGUUGUUCAGUAAUCUUAGCCAAGCUCUACAAUGCUAGUCCGAUUCCGGCUGGAUCUGAUCAAGGAAGUUUCAUUUGGCUCAAGAAUGAGGCAAAAUUUCAGACUAAUUUAAACCGACAUCUGUAGUCCAGACUAGCGUAGGUCAUUCAAAUCAAUGCUCAAGACGCAACGGGAAAGGAGAAAAGUGGGGAAAACAGCUUCACAGACAAAAAGAGAUGUGCUUCAAAAAGAGGUCGCUUUUUAAGAUUUCCAACUGAUACCAUACAGCGGUCAAAAUGGAUAAGGGCUGUUAAUCGUGUGGACCCCAGAAGCAAAAAGAUUUGGAUCCCAGGACCAGGUGCUAUACUAUGUUCCAAACAUUUUCAAGAAAGUGACUUUGAGUCAUAUGGAAUGAGAAGAAAGCUGAAAAAAGGAGCUGUGCCAUCAGUUUCUCUAUACAAGGUUCCUCAAGCUGCACACCUUAAAGGUAAAGCAAGGCAGAAAAUCCUAAAACAGCCACUUCCAGAUAAUUCUCAAGAGGUUGCUACCGAGGAUCAUAACUAUAGUUUGAGGACACCUUUGACUAUAGGUGCAGAGAAACUGGCUGAGGUGCAACAAAUGUUACAAGUGUCCAAAAAAAGACUUAUUUCUGUAAAAAACUACAGGCUGAUCAAGAAGAGAAGGGGCUUACGGUUAAUUGAUGCACUUGUAGAAGAGAAACUACUUUCUGAAGAAACAGAGUGUCUUCUACGAGCACAGUUUUCAGAUUUUAAAUGGGAGUUGUAUAACUGGAGAGAAACAGCUGAGUACUCUACAGAAAUGAAACAAUUUGCAUGCACACUCUACUUGUGCGGUAGCAAAGUCUACGAUUACGUAAGAAAGAUUCUUAAGUUACCUCAUUCUUCUAUCCUCAGAACUUGGUUAUCCAAAUGCAAACCCAGUCCAGGUUUCAACAGCGACAGUUUUUCCUUUCUUCAACAAAGAGUAGAGAAUGGAAACCAGCUGUAUCAAUAUUGUUCACUGAUAAUAAAGGGUAUAUCUCUCAAGCAACAACUUCAGUGGGACCCCAGCAGUCACCAUUUGCAAGGGUUUAUGGACUUUGGUCUUGGCAAACUUGAUGCUGAUGAAACACCACUCGCCUCAGAAACUAUUUUGUUAAUGGCAGUGGGUACUUUUGGUCAUUGGAGAACACCUCUUGGUUAUUUUUUUGUAAAUAGGACAUCUGGAUAUUUGCAAGCUCAGCUGCUUCGUCUAACUAUCGGCAAACUUAGUGACAUAGGGAUCACAGUUCUGGCUGUUACAUCUGAUGCUACUGCUCACAGUGUCCAAAUGGCAAAAGCCUUGGGGAUACAUAUUGAUGGAGACAACAUGAAGUGUACGUUUCAGCAUCCUUCAUCUUCUAGUCAACAGAUUGCAUACUUUUUUGAUUCUUGCCACUUGCUUAGAUUAAUAAGAAAUGCAUUUCAGUAUUUUCAAAGCAUUCAGUUUAUUAAUGGCAUGGCACAUUGGCAACACCUUGUGGACUUAGUGGAACUAGAGGAACAGGAAUUAUCAAGUUUGGAAAGAAUCCCAAGUAAAUUUCCAAAUUUGAAAAAUCAUGUACUGAAAAUGAAUUGUGCUGCCCAACUCUUCAGUGAGAGUGUAGCCAGUGCAUUAGAAUGUUUGCUGUCAUUAGGCUUGCCUCCUUUUCAAAACUGUAUUGGUACCAUCCAUUUUCUACGCUUAAUUAACAAUCUGUUUGAUGUUUUUAAUAGUAGGAACUAUUACGGAAAGGGACUUAAAGGACCUCUGUUGCCUGAAACUUACGGUAAAAUAAACCAUGUGUUAAUUGAGGCCAAGACUAUUUUUGUUACAUUAUCUGAUGCUAGCAAUAAUCAAAUAAUUAAAGGUAAGCGAAAAUUAGGAUUCCUGGGAUUUUUGCUGAAUGCUGAGAGCUUAAAGUGGCUCUACCAAAAUUAUGUAUUCCCAAAGGUCAUGCCUUUUCCCUAUCUUUUGACUUACAAAUUCAGUCAAGAUCAUCUGGAAUUAUUUCUAAAGAUGCUUAGACAGGUUUUAGUAACCAGUUCUAGUCCUACCUGUAUGGCAUUCCAGAAAGCUUACCAUAAGUUGGAGACCAGAUACAGAUUUCAAGAUGAAGCUUUUCUCAGUGAAGUAAGCAUCCUUGACAUUUCAAUUGCUCGAAGGACAGACUUGGCCCUUUGGACAAUUCAGCAUGAGUAUGGUGGUAGUAUAAUAAAGGCCCUUUUUCAUAAGGAGGUCAUUUGCCAAGACAGGUCUAAUUGUUCACUGAGUGAGGCACUACUAGACCUGUCAGAUCAUAGGCAAAAUCUUACCUAUUAUACUGGUUAUAUUGCUACUGAGUUAACAGCUGUUUUAACUUGUGAGGAAUGUAUCACUGCACUGUAUGCAUCAGAUCUCAAAGCCUUUAAAAUUGGGUCACUGUUAUGUGUCAAAAAGAAGAAUGGUUUGCAUUUCCCUUCAGAAAGUCUAUGUCGGAUAAUAAACAUUUGUGAGCGAGUUGUAAGAACCCAUUCAAGAAUGGCAAUUCAUGAAAUAGUUCCUAAACAGAUGUACUUGUAUCUUCAACAGAAAAUAUUAUGUGAACUUUCUAGCCAUAUUUAUCUUUUUGUAGAUUUAGAUGAGCAUCUCUUUGAUGGAGAAGUGUGUGUCAGCAAUCACUUUGUAAAGUUGCUAAAAGAUAUAAUAAUGUGUUUCUUAGCUAUCCGAGCUAAAGAUGUAGCUCAGUACCCUUUAAAACAUCAUUCAGAAAGAACUGAAAUGAAAACUUUAUCAAGGAAACGGUGGUCAUCUUUACAAGAUUACAAAUGUUCAAAUUUUACUAAAACCAAUAAAUUCAGUAACAAUGGAUAUCCAUUCAAAUGAGAAUUCUAAAAUAUAUUAAAAUUUUGAUUAAGAAAAUGGUCACAUGGAUUUUUUUUUAAGUCCAUCUUGCCAUUAUUUAUAAAUUGACCACUCUGCACAGUGGGCAAGUUUGCAAUUUUGACUUAUUAGAAUUUCUAGUUAUGAAUAUCAUAAAAUCUGUUUGUACUUUGGGAUGACUUGCCACAUUUCAGAGUUACCUACAAUGAAGGCAGUAAGUCAAGACUAGCCAACUUAUGCUACUUUUCAAUUCACUAUUAAGAGACUAAGUGACUGGAGAGACUUUUAACUUAUUCAGUCUGCUAUAAAAACAAGAAUAACAACAGCUAGAAGUGACCAAAAACAUCUUCUCCUUUUAUAAAUAGACUACAUUUCCUAAAAGAACUUUGGUUAAUGGCUCUGAAGGAUUUUUGACAGAAUACCUAUAGAACCUUGAAAAUAAUUUUUAUGAAAUUUGAGUUCUGAUUUGAAAAUUAAACUAAAGCAGAGUAUCAAAUACCACAAAGAUCCGCUUAUUCCUUUUUACCCUAAAAUACGAAAAGUACUUAAGCUUUGCCAGACAGUAGGUAAGUUCGUGAGCCAUGAGGUGGUUCAUUAUAUUGCAGUCAAGCUGAGGAAUGCAGUCUGGGAAGAACAUACAUGGCAUGAACAUCACAAUUCAUUGUUUUUGGACUUUGAAAUAUUUUUGAAUAAUAUAAUAAGGUAGAUACUCACUUGGCUCCUGUUGGAAAAUUUCAGUGUUCAUCAGAAUAGGAAGAACUGUUAUUCCAACUUCUUCUGAAGCCUACUCUUGUUUGCAGGGAGACUAAAAUAACAAAAUAUAUUUUCAAUGUUCAAUGAAUAAUGGGAUUUCAUAGCACAUGAUUAGUAAAUUGGAAAAAGAUAGUCACCUAAGUCAAUGGAUAUGAAACUUUUCUUAAGUAUGCAAUUUUUUCAGAAAUUUAAUCUGAAGAUGUAAACAUACUAGAGACAAUUUUCUACAUUCUGUGACCUUCAGAUAUGAAGAGAUGAAUAGAAAAACAAAGGUAUAUGACUUUCACAAAAGGGAGUAUUUUAGUGGAUAGAAGAUACAAGAGCACAUUAUUCACCUGUGUAUAUAAAACAUCUACUCUUCAUUGAGUGAAUAGAUGUUCACAGACUAUACUUAAUAGGAAUACUUACAAUUGCAAAAGAUUAACGACUAGGUAAAAGUUGAGAUUUAUUAACCAGAAUUCCCUUUUAAAACUAUUAUUUUGAUAUAUUUCUGUUUAUUCUACCUCAAAUAAAGUCUUAAUUUCUGAAAUGUAGCCAGUGAUAUACUGGAUUUUAUACAAGAGCUAUUCCUGAGAAAUCUGAAUAUUGUGUUUUAUGUCUUGUUUGCAAAAUAGAAUGAGCUUAGACAUUCAGGAUAAAUCUUAAAGGAAGCCUUUUUGUAAAUCACCACCUUUAAUUUCUUGCUUAAAUAAAUAACAAGUUUUGUAACUGAUAUUAAAACUAGGUUCACAUCCAUAGUGUCUAAUAUUCUUGGGUGUUAUAUUUGACUAAUGUCCUGAUAUUCUGUAUUUUUAAAAAUCAGUGUUUUGCAUUAUUCCUUUAAGUGCUGGAUAAAAAGGGGUGUGUAAAUGUUGAAAAUAAGGAUAUUUCCAUGCCUUUAGGACAGCUAAUUGCUCUUUUUUGAAAGGGGCCUCAAGUUUGAUAUCAGAUUUCCUUGAUAUGUGCUUUAUAAUGAAAUAAUUCUGUAAA